AUUGAAACACCAAUGGCUGUUCAGCUGUAUGAAAGGGAAUGAAACAAAUAAGAACUACACAUACUCUAAACAAAACUGAUGGUCAUGGGGUGUUGAUAGACCUUGGUGUCACGUGCUACAGAUGCGUGCUGCCCUACGUCAUCAGCUGAUGAGCUGGGGCUAUAGCACCAAUAAUUAGACGAAGGGAAGAGUUCUGUUGCCAUAGAGCUGAUCGUUCAGGGGCACCGCGGAAUAAUGACGUCAGAAGUGGAUAAUGUUUGGGAACAGGUGGUUGACAGGAUGUCUUGUGCGCAGUUCAUCACGAAGAUCAGCAUUUUUUAUCAAGCUGUACUCACUUUCUGCACAUUCAACAUCGGCAUGUUUUCUCCGUGGAUCGGAACUUAUGAUAACAACAAAGUCAAUUACUCACAGAACUUGAUCUACGAGUGUUAUGGCAGAGCCUGCUACACGUUAGAAGAUAGAGCCAGCGAUUUCCGCAUCUUCCUGUUUGUGGUAGCGGCUCUUGUUAUGACCAUCUACUACAUCCUGUGUCUAGUCCAGCUGGCGGCCAUGUUGUGUCCUUCUAUUCGAUAUUCUGGGGCUUUUGGAACCAUCUACCUCACAUUAUCCAUUAUGGGGUUGACGUUGAUGAUUGGCUAUGGGACGAUUGUUGUACCUUUAGACGAGAGACCGGAGUUCAGGUUCCUGUGGGGAUUUUACGUGUAUCUGCUGGCCAUUUUCAUGUUGCUAGCGGCGGCCUGUGACUGCUUCAGGAUGACGCCCAAUGUCUUCCCUGGGUUUCUGGGUGGAGGGGUGGAGCCCGACUACGACAUUGUGUAG